GGCAGCCCCUUUGCACAAGAGAGAGCUAUGUUGGACGGGGACGUCUGUCUCAUGUUUGUCUUCAUGUUUAAUAUUUCCAUCAUAUACAGUGGAAUAAAUGUGGAAGAAGAACAAACCCCACCUAACUAUUGCUAUCCUUGAGCCGCUAACCACACAUUAAUUCUUAUGAAAUAUUACUUCAUAUGUUAUAAAGCACAAUGUUUUAGUAUGACUUUGCGAGUGAAAAACAUGCAUAUUUAUGAAGUCGUGUCAAUCGAAAAAUUUCGCAAAAAAGCUGUAAUUUGAUUAGAAUGAAAUGAAAUACUUCAUCAAGUCUUCUUUUUUGAUUGAAUAAUUAAGUAACCUGAUCGCUGUACUUACAUAAGCAUAAACGAACAGUUUUUAUCGGGCAUGCAUAUUAAAGAGUGAUUGUCUUGGUAUACGAUUUAAUAUUGCAAAUCAUUCAGAGCUGAACGGCUAACUGCUAUAAAACGGAGAGAAAGAAUUUCGACGUGAAUAUGGCUGGAGCAAAAUCCAAGAAACCUGGUUCUCUAGCGAAAUUUUACCUGGCGUCGUAUAAUCUUGGACAAACUCUGGGAUGGAGUUAUAUAUUGUACCAAGUCAUAUUACAUUAUAUCAGUCCUUCGAGUAGCACUUUGUGGAAUAAAACAGAGUUAUCUGUAUUCAUUUUUCAAAAUGCAGCUGUAUUGGAGAUAAUACAUGCAGCAAUCGGACUGGUACCGUCGAAUGUUAUAAUCACAACAUUCCAAGUAUUUAGUCGUGUAAUGCUUGUUGUAGGGGUUAUUUUAGCCACUCCUUACACAUAUGCUGCUGCAUCUCCAGGACUUCCACUGGCUCUCUUGGCAUGGUCCAUCACUGAAGUUAUUAGAUAUUUCUAUUACUUUGUGAAUCUUAUUGGUAUUGUGCCACAUAUAAUAAUCUGGCUGAGAUACACCGCCUUCAUCAUACUAUAUCCAAUUGGUGUGACUGGUGAAUUAUUGUGUUUCUAUGCUGCUGUGCAGUAUGCUAAUGUUAAACCGGAUUCAUGGAGUUAUGUUUUACCCAAUCCAUGGAAUUUCACAUUUAGCUACUUGUAUCUCCUGUUAGGAGUUAUGUUAGCUUACAUUCCAUUGUUUCCUCAACUUUAUUUGCACAUGUUUGCGCAAAGACGCAAAAUGCUCAAUCCUAGCGCUAAAGCAAAGAAAGCUCAUUAAUUUACAAACUUAUAUAUUUUAUAAUAUAAUUAUUAUAUAUUUUUAAUCAUGAUUCAUGUAUAUAACUGAAAUGAUAUAGGGUGGGAUUUAUUUUAUAUUAUAUAUAUUAUUUUUAAUAUAAUAAAGAGAGAAUUUCAAGAAGACAAAAUA